ACAGAGCGGGGGAGGGAGCAGAAGCUGAGAGAAGGUGCCGGAUUGUUGGAGACUGUUUUGAGGAGCUUCUUGCUUUGAGGGAUGAUGUCUUAUCUUUAGGGGUCAGUCUGAUAGAGGAGGGUCAUUUCAGCAGCUCGGACUGCACCGCUCCGGUUGCGGUGACCGCUGUAAGGGCCGAGGCUGGGUCAGCAGGCUGGUAGGUGAGAGGCUGCAGCUGCUGGCCCAAGAUUACACUAAUAAACAUGUCGGUUCAUUUCGAGGAGAGGAGCGGCGUCGUUCCCUGUAAAACGCCGUGGGGGUCGUGGUAUCAGACCAUGGAGGAGGUGUUCAUCGAGGUCAGCGUCCCUCCGGGAACGUCAGGCAAGGAGGUGCGGUGUAAACUUGGAAGCAAAGAAGUGGAGCUGAGCGUCAAAGGGCAGGAGGUCUUCAAGGGAAAGCUGUUUGGAACCACAGUGGGAGACGAAGCUACCUGGACGUUAGAGGACAAAAAGCUGAUCAGGAUUGUCCUGAUGAAGACGAAUCGACAGGCUGGAAACUGCUGGGCUUCACUGCUAGAAGGGCAGUACGCCGCUGACCCAUGGGUGCAGGACCAGAUGCAGAGAAAACUCACGCUGGAAAGGUUCCAGAGAGAGAAUCCUGGAUUUGACUUUAGCGGUGCUGACAUUUCUGGAAACUUCCAUGGUGGGGGACCAGAUUUCUCCAGCUUGGAGAAGUAAAACCACACUAAUCCAGGAGAGCAUGAGGACUUUAAACUGACAGUAAACAUUAUGGGUUGGUUUCCAUUCAAUGGGAUGUUUUCAGAUGUUUUUCUUUUGCUCUUCAAGUGGGUGAUUGUAUUGGAGCUUUGGACAUUCAGUAAUUUAGAGCUCAGGCUGUCAGUGUUAAAGCCAUAACUUACCACAAGAAGCCUUCAAGUCAGUUUGUCAUUUAGGUUUACAGAGGCCAAUAUUUUUCAGUGACUCAGCCAAUGCUGUCUGUACAGGCAUAGUUCAGACUGUGCAGUGGAAGUUCUGGAUUUAUUAUAAAAUAAUAAAAAAGUAGAUUAUACAAGAGUGUGUUUCAUUUAAAGAGAGUGAGCCAGUUUAACAUUUCAAUAAUGUUUUAUUGAAAGGUGCACAUUCAUGUUUACAGGGGUACAUGUCUGGUCAUUAGCCAAGUCAAGCCUGAUAACAUUACUGCAGAAAAGAAAACUAGCAGUGAGACAUGCUUUGCAUUGUCAAGAAUGACAUUUGUGAAGCAAUUUGGACCCUGUAUAUAAAGUUUUUGGUUCCACACAGCCAUGAAGGCAUGGCAGGUCAAACCUGUUAGUCAUAAGAAGCAUCUCAGUUAGGAGCAUGUUACUCAGCAAGAUAAAAACCUACAUGUUUAUUUGGUUUAUAUCCCUAACCUAAGAAAUGAAAGAAAAAAGUAACUUCGUUUAAUCACCUUGGGUAGGAGUGUGCUUUAGGACAGUUCGGCAACCUAGGGUGGGAGUUAAGGGUUUUGGGCCCGAUUUCUUGGUUCCAUUGUUUUCGUAAUUCACAAAACCCUUCUCCCUCCUCUUCCACAUGGUGGACUGAGGACCUAGGUGGUUCAAUACUUCACCGCUUUAAACAACCAGCGCCAACGACUGCGCCGAUUCAAAUGAACAUACUGUACAUGCGCGCAAGCUGAUCAAACCAGGCAGGUGUGACCCUGUCUGGCUGACCGCUCUCAAUCCCACCCUUGACUAGAAACUUCUAGUCAAAGCAGACAAUAAAUAACCAUUACCACAAGAG